AUGCCCACACACGAUACAGGUAUUACCGAGACGCCCUUGCUCCUUGGACAAGAGAAACAAUUUAAGAAUUAAGACCGCACAGGCAAAACACGAUUUGGAUCUGAAUUCACUCCACAAGCACGCAGUAUGGACUAUGGACUCUAACACAAGACAACAUUGCCUCGGUGCUUCCCUCUGAAGAAGUAGGUAACACUAAUAAUUACCAGUAUUCAGUACAGUGUAGAGAGAGAGAGAGAGAGUCCGACCAUCUAUCGAAAUUCCCAAUAAUAAAAUCGGGUCGGGUAAUGGCGGAGCUGAGACACUCAGCCUCCUUCGGCCCUCGCGCACCACCACCUUCCCGACGACGACGAGGAACGCGACCGCCACUCCCUUAAGGACCGGUAUCGUCCCCUACAGUAUCUCUCUUCCUUCUUCGGCGAUGACCCUAGGGUUCCCAAUCCUCUCCAUUCCCCAAGGAUCUCAUUCUUCUGCACCUUGCUUCUAAUCCUCGUUGGCCUUCUCUCCCUCUUCUCAAUCGUCAACAAAUUGAAUGCUCCUUACCUGUGUAAAAAGGAUGGGAUUACACUUCACUGCCCUCACGUGAAAGAAUCGCCGUCUCUGUGGGAAAAUCCUUUAUCGUCCACGACGUCUUGGAAGCCUUGUGCUGAGCGCAGGGAUGGUGUUAUAGAAGAGCUUCCUCCUGAAAAUGAAACAAAUGGGUACAUAUUCAUCCAUGCUGAAGGUGGUCUAAACCAACAAAGAAUUGCGAUAUGCAAUGCCGUGGCUGUGGCCAAAAUAAUGAAUGCCACACUUAUUUUGCCUGUUUUGAAGCAAGACCAGAUUUGGAAAGACCAAACGAAAUUUGAAGACAUUUUUGAUGUGGAUCACUUCAUAGAUUACCUGAAAUAUGAUGUUCGUAUAGUCCGUGAUAUCCCAGAAUGGUUUACUGAUAAGACAGAGCUAUUCAGUAGUAUAAGGAGGACUGUAAAGAACAUUCCAAAAUAUGCGCCUGCACAAUUUUACAUUGACAAUGUUUUGCCUCGAGUCAAGGAGAAAAGGAUUAUGGCUCUAAAACCUUUUGUUGAUAGGCUGGGAUAUGACAAUGUUCCUCCAGAAAUCAACAAGUUGAGAUGUAGGGUUAAUUAUCAUGCUCUGAAAUUUCUUCCUGAUAUAGAGCAAAUGGCUGAUUUACUGGCAUCAAGGAUGAGAAACCGAACUGGUAGUUCAAAUCCUUAUAUGGCUCUGCAUCUUCGAUUUGAGAAAGGAAUGGUGGGCCUAUCGUUCUGUGAUUUUGUGGGGACAAGAGAAGAGAAAGCUAAAAUGGCAGAAUACAGGCAAAAGGAGUGGCCUCGACGGUAUAAGAAUGGUUCCCACUUAUGGCAAUUGGCUCUACAGAAGCGAAAGGAGGGACGGUGUCCUCUAGAGCCUGGAGAAGUGGCCGUUAUACUUCGUGCUAUGGGCUAUCCAAAGGAAACACAAAUUUAUGUCGCUUCUGGACAAGUUUAUGGUGGACAGAAUCGGAUGGCUCCGCUGAGGAAUAUGUUCCCUAAUCUGGUUACAAAGGAGGAGUUGGCAACUAAAGAGGAGUUGGAUGGUUUUAGAAAGCAUGUGACGAGCCUUGCAGCUCUUGACUUCCUGGUAUGCCUGAAGUCAGAUGUGUUUGUGAUGACCCAUGGAGGCAACUUUGCUAAGCUGAUCAUUGGCGCCCGUAGAUACAUGGGUCACCGUCUAAAAUCAAUCAAGCCUGACAAAGGAUUAAUGUCCAAGUCUUUUGGGGAUCCAUACAUGGGUUGGGCUACUUUUGUUGAAGAUGUGGUUGUUACUCAUCAAACGCGGACAGGAUUGCCGGAAGAAACUUUCCCCAACUAUGACCUCUGGGAGAACCCCUUGACUCCUUGCAUGUGCAAAGCCUGAUUACACCGACUUCCCUAUAUAUACUUUUACACACUCAGACUUCACUCAACGAUGCAUUUGCAAGGAAUAUACCAUCUAAGUUAUGAGUUCUAUCCACAGGGUAAGCGUGAGAAUCUGAUCUGGGGUUAAUUAAUUCACGCCAAGGUGGGAGGGAAAGUAAUUGAAAUUUUGAGUGAAGAUAAUGGCUUGCAGGACCCGAGACUCGACUCAGCUGUUGGUUGUCCUCUAGGUGUUAUAUUCGCCCGUACACCGGUAC